AUAAACGUCAUUCGAAAUAUAAACAAAUAAACCAAAUUCAGUUUUCUAGUUUUUCUUCAAAUUUUGAGAUAAAAUUCUUCAAAAAUGUCACAAUUAAGUACAAAAGAGAAAUUAUUAUACAUAAUUGACGACAUGGAAAUAAUAUCAAAGGAAAUCAUAGAAAAUGCGAUAGCUCCGAAGAGUUCGAAACUGUCAGGCCCCGAAUACGCUCAGCUAACAGACCUGCUGGUGGCCAAAGACAACGAGCUGAAGAAGACGCUCCAACUGGCCUCCGAACAAGCGCAAAUAAACAAAAAACUAGACAUCCUAAAAGCGGAAGUGGAACGCCAAGACCAGGACAUAAACCACCUACAAAAGCAGCUCAAAGAAGCCGAACAGAUCCUAUCCACGGCCAUCUACCAAGCCAAUCAAAAACUACAGUCGAUCGCCAAAGCCAAUCGCCGGCCGAUUUCCUCCGAGGAACUCAUCAAAUUCGCCCACAGAAUCAGCGCGUCCAACGCCAUCUGCGCCCCGUUGACCUGGCAACAGGGCGAUCCGCGACGACCUUACCCCACGGAUAUCGAAAUGAGGCUCGGUUUGCUGGGCAGGAUGGGGGAUCCCAUGAACGGGCACAUGCUUGCGCAGCAGAACAGCAUGUCGGAUUUGCACAGACCUGGACAUCCCGGAGAAAUCCCGGCUGCUCAACAAAAUCAGUUUGCUUGGCAUCCAUCCGGGGAAAUGCACAUAAAUGUGGGGCAAAGCACGGUGCCGAUGGAUACCAGGAAUCACAAGCAGGAGAACGAGGACGUGGAGGUGAUGUCGACGGACUCGAGCAGCAGCUCAUCCAGCGACUCUCAAUAACCCUAUCGGUACAUAAGUUACUAGAUUGUUAAGCGGAAAUGUUGGCUUGUUUUUUUAAAUUUUUUACUGGUAUUUAUUGUAAUAGAAACGUCGGAUUUAAUGUUAAAAUUGCUCCCGUAUUGUAGCAAAUGUGGUAUGAAAAAAGUUGAUUAUUUAUAAAUAAUGUAGUGUAAAAAUGUUUGAACAAUUGGUGGUAUUGAUUAA